CGUUUCGCCCAUGUUUGUUUGCAAAUGGCGUCCUCGAAUGUUGAAUAUUACCAAAAACAGAAAGAACUGCAAGAUUUUAUGUGUGAACAGGAACAGAGAAGACAACAUUUAGAACAUCAGUUGCAGGUUUACUCUAGGUCUGAUGAAAGACUUCAUAGAGUUAGUAGGAUGCCAGGUACCAGUUAUUCAAAAUCUAAAGACACUUCAAACAAAGCUAAGCUAAGAGCUACUAGAUUACAGAGCUAUUGGAGGAAAAUAUGUGAAGAUCAGAGAAGAAGUCAGCAAAGAAAUGACCAGAUUUUAAAAGAGUUUGAUCGAAUUGAUGCACAUUUGGGAAACUUGUCAGCUAGGACAGAGAGACUCAGACUUCUUAAGCAACAAUAUGCGGAUUACAUAGAAAAAACAUAUCCACAAUGGCACCAACAGGUUUUGCAGAUGAAACAAAGGAAAGAUGAAUCACAGAAGCAUCAUCAUGAAAGAGCUACUAACUUGUCCCAGUUUUCUCAGUACACACCACAGAAGCAACAGCCAGUUACAGAUCAGUUUGUGGCCUCUACAUCAUCUAGUCAGUUUGCUACACAGCCUGGACAACAGAAUCAGUUUGUUGCUUCUACACCUGCAUAUCAUCAACAACAACAACAUGUUCCUGAUGUAUCAGUUACACCUAUACAUAGAGAUUCAAGAGACAGAAUUAGUACUCAGGUGACACAAGAAUCUGCAGUGUAUGCUAAUUUUACCUCAGUAACCAGAGACAGUUCAAUGCCUCAGUUCACUACACCACCACAAACUAGUACACAGCAGCAGCAUGCUGCUUCUCUUCAAAAACAGCAUAGUAAUCAGCAGUAUGUAUCACCAUCUCAGACCUCAGCAGCUGGGUAUAAGGUUCCUGCAGAGAAAGAAUCGGAUGCUCAGUUGAAAGUUAGUGAUUUACAAGGAGACAUCAGUUUUAGUUCUGAUAUUCCAUCUGAGGUUAUAAAUAGACCUAUUCAGAGUAUAACUGUUGAGAAAUUUGGACAGAAAGUUACACAGGAACCCAGAGUGGAAUCACCAGAUAUUGUAUCUAAAUCAACAUCUGGUCAAAUGGAACCAAAUUCAGCUGAUGAAGCAGAUGAUGAUAUUAGUAACUUUGACGAGGAGGACAUUCCUGAUGAUGGCCGUCAAGCACCUACCCCAGCACGACAAGCCACACAUGUAGAUGUAAUGGAGGAGAUGUCUUCCCCUGAAGAAUCCCCUAUACCUACACCUCAACCAGGUGGCCAUCAAGUCUUAACAGUACCUACAGCUGGAAUAAGUCGUUCACCACUACUAGACUCAGAACUGACAAUAGAUGGUAUUAUACACCUGAUACAUUAUGUUGAAAGUGUAAUCCCUGAUGCUUUGUCACUGGAAGGCUUCUACAGAUCUACCCCACCACAGCAUGGAGAAAAAAUUGAAAUCAUUAGUAAGGCCAAUGGUGAAGAACCUUUGAUUGAUUUAGAUGCUGAAAUGUGUACUAUGGUAAUUUUAGAAAAUGUGGUCCUUGUGAUUCGUAAUUUACCUGCAGGAUGUUUAUUACCAGACGCCAUCUUAGCCAGUAGUCAUACAAUCAACGAAGUACAAAUAGGGAGAGUACUGUCUAUAGAAGCCAAGCCAUUGUGGGAUUGUUUAUUUAUUCAUUUUCUACAGUUGAUUAAACAUAAAGUGAUGACUGUCAAAGAAGUAGCUGCUGUUUUUGUUCCAUGUCUGGUGGUUGACUCUUCAGAUUAUCAGGACAAGGCUUAUGAAUUGUUAGUGGAUUUGUUAGAGAAAAAAGUAGACCAAGCUGCAUCACCACCAACACCAAGGGAAGCAGCUGAAAGUAUGAGGAGCAGUCAAGGGGGAGGAAUGUUUACAAAGAAAAAUAUUCGGGAGAUGCCAUUUUCAGCUGAGAUAGAAAUUGAUGAGUUUGGCAAAUACAAAGUUCCGCCUUUGAAGUUUGGAAGUUUAGUUGACAGUAAACAGCAUAGUGAUGAUGAAGAUACUACCAUGGUAACACCAAGUGUACCAACAGAUGGACCUAGAGUCCCUUUGAAUGGUGGCCAGAUGAACAAAACAGCAGCCUAUCGUAAUUUGUUGUCUGGUACCAUGAGUGGUCAGAAACAACCCAGUUACCAUGAUGAUAAUGAUGAUGAUGAAGAUGACACAGAUGAUGAUGUAGAAAAACAGUUUGCAUCUACUCUGUCUCCAAGAACACCAAGGGAGACAUCUAGUUCUAUCCCACCUCAGCCUACCACUGCUAUUAUGUCACAAUCUAGACCACCACAACAGAUGGAGCCACUGUCUGAAACAAGUUCAGCAACAUCACCAGUGUAUGUGCCAACUGGCAUGGAGAAAAGUGGUAAAUCUGACGCUGGUUCUACAGGGAGAUCAGAGAAAAUGCAGCCAUUCAAAAGACCUGCAGCAGUUGUAAUGAUAAGUUCAGAUUUGGAUUCUGAAACAGAUUUAGAUAUCCUGAUGGAGAAAAAACAGACAUCACAAGAAGAAGAUGACUUCUUUGAUUUUUAUGAAUAGUGAUUUAUUUAUUUGUAGAAUCUUCAUAUAUUUAUUAUUAUUACUUUUAAAGUAUAUAAAUAUUCUUGCAUAUCAAAAUUACACACAUAUCAGUGAUUUAUUGCUGAAAUACGUAAGUGUAUGUACAUUGCUAUAAACUACAUUCCUGCCAGUCCUAAAUGGUAACAGAUGUCUUCUUUACAAAGUUCCAAAGGGUGUCUCCCUUUACGAGAGAUGGAGAAGUUAUUGAAAUAUUAAAAACUUAAAAUGAAUUAUUCCAAUAUUUUUUCCCCAAAGCAAGUUUUUUAUAAAGGUAGACUAGAAGUUUAACUGGGUUUUGUUUACCAAAGAACUAUUUUUCAGAAGAGGGUUGGUGUAAUAAAAAAUAAUAAUAAAAGAUAUUCCUUCAUAAAACAGAAUGUAAAGAACAUAGUAAUACUUGUCAAAAAGGAAACAAGUGCUAAUUCAUACUGAGUUCUUCCCUCCCCUUCCCAACAGCACCCACAUAUAAUAAACAUCAAAUUUUCAUACAAUAAAAAAAAUUAAACAGACACAAAAUUAUGUGAAAAGCAAGGUUGUAAUUCAAUUACAUAGAACCUUAUGAUUUUCUUGAUUUUAUACUUGAAAAUGACAAAUUUAAGGCAUUUCUGCCCAUAAUUUAAUAUUAAUUACUCCUUCUUGUUAGCAAAAUCCUGAUUCUGCCCUAUAUUUAAGAAUUUUGUAGAUCUUGAAUUAUAAUUUUUUUUUUUUGUGUGGGUAUUUCUAAUAUUUUUGGGAUAUUGCUUUUUAUUGGUUUAGGAAUUGAAGCAUACCAAUUACUUAUGUCACUACAAUUUGGUUCAACCAGAUUAUUACAUCUAGCUCAUUUCCUGUUUAGUUUGUUAAAUAUUUAAGUAUCCGUCCAAUGAUAAUGAUUUAGUUUUUCUAGUCUGUCAUAUUAUAUCCUUAAAUGUAUCUUUUCUUUUUUAUUUAUUAUAUUAAAACAUAAAACUAAUACUUGUUUUUAUAUUGUAAUGAAAUAAAAAUGGAACAUG